CAUUAUUAAGGUAUGUCCUGACAUUCAAGACGCAUAUUCUUCUCUAUAGGGUCGAGAGAACCGACACCAUCACAUUUAUCAAUAGAUGUUCCCAGUGGGAGCAUUACUGGUCCUGUGUAGUUUAGUUUAGAUUGGUACAAUGUCUGCCGGCGAUGUGGCGGAUGUUACUGGUGACUUCAGAAUGGGUACAUGGAUGUGUCGAGAUGGCAACAAGGGUCCCCGUGGUCCACUAGAUGAUGACAAUGUUAAGAGCAUUCGUCACAGCCACAGGCAAUGUGUCGAAGACAGCAAAUCUGUGGCAAGCACUCAUGAGGGUACCCGUGAGGUUACUACAAGUAAAUACCGGCAGAUUGGAUCGGUGGUCAGUUGUUUCGUUGCCAACAUGUUCUAUGGCGGUUUAGCAACGUCGUAUGGUGUCAUGUACACAUACAUGAAGGAAUCUCUUGGUGUCUCAGAGGAGGAAGUGACUUGGAUAGGAGCUCUUUUUGGUGGAUUUUCUGGGAUUGCAUCAAUUAUUGGAGUGGUGUGUGUGGAUCGCCUCGGGAGUCGACUUACCACGUUAUUUGGAGGUUUGCUGGCUGUCACUGGCUUUAUCAUCGGCAGUCAGGUGAACGACCUGAAUGUGUUGUACUUCGCACUCGGUGUUUUGCCAGGUACUGGUGCGUGCUUGACUUAUACAUCGACCAUGGUACAUGUCACCAAACAGUUUUCAAAAUGGCGACCUGUAGCCGUUGGAAUAUCUGUAACGGGGAUAGCUAUUGGUAUGUUGAUGUGGCCACCAUUAUCAGCCGUAACUGCUGACACGACCGGGUGGCGGGGUACAUGUCUCAUCAAUGGCGCACUGACGCUACACUUCAUACCUUGCGCCAUGCUGAUUACUCCAAGAAACAGUACAAAUUCUUCUGAUGGUCCAGUUGUCUCCUUGAGUCAGACGUUGGUCAAUUGUCUCCAGAUAUUCAGGAUUCCAGGAGCAAUAACGGUCUCAGUCGCUCACAUCACCCUCGGCUUCAGUUACUACACUUUCUCCACCUUCCUGCCUGCCUACGUAACUGCCUCACUAUCUACCAUAACGACUUCAGAGGCUGCUCUCAUAGUUUCUACUUCGGGAUAUGGAAGCAUGGUUGGUCGUGUCAUCUUUUCUGGAAUCUCUAUGGCGAGCAAGAAGGCUGCAAACUACAUAUUUAUCUUUUCAUUGUGCAUGUGCGGUGUCACAGAUCUCCUUGUACCGCUCUGUGAAAGAUCUCUUGCUUUCUACAUAAACGGGGCAGCAUAUGGGCUAGCUCUAGGUGGUUGGAACGGUGUGUAUACACUAGUUUUAGUCAAGUUGUUCGGACUCACUAAUCUGUCCAAAAUAUUCGGCAUAUGUGUGAUGUGUCAAGGGAUUGGAGCUUUCGGUGGAGGGCCUUUACAAAGUUAUCUGUCAAGGUUACUUGACAAGGAUAUGACGUUCGUCUGUGCAGGGGGUUCUUUUAUUGCCACAAUGAUGUUAAUGCUGACAGUGGUUAUGAGACAACAGAUAUCUUGCCCAGGCAAGCGGCAGUCAUUCAAGGUUGGGAUGCUUGGCAUCAAGAACGACGGCUUUACUCCAAGCAGCUCAGACACACCACAGUCUAACGAACACCACUCCCACUAAUAUGAUUCCUUGCUGUUGCUGUUGACAACGCAACCGGACACGGUUUGACAGGGACAAUGUAACUGUACUGUUGGUAAACGUCUCAUGCGGUAUUCAGGAUGCAAUAAAACAGUAUUUGUCAGGA